CCUGGUUAAAGGGUUUAUCCGGCCAUCGUUUUGCGCCGCUAUUCAAGAAAAUGAAGUGGCAAGAAAUCAUGACAUUUAGUGAUACUCGGUUAAGAAAUAUGGGAGUUGUAUCUCCAGUACGUAGAAAUAUGUUGAAAGCAUUUAAAUAUGUGAAGGAGGCUUUGAAUAAGCUUGAUGACAAUGAUCCAGUGAAAAUGAGUGUUACAAAGAAAGGAGAGAAAAAUGCUAGACCACUGUUGAAAGCUGACACCAUAGAACCUUUCGUGGAGUCCAGGAAAAUUAAAGAAAAGGUCAAGGAAGGUGUUCGCAGUUCUGGAAGAACAAUAGAUGCAAUGAAGCUUAGAAAGAAAACAGGGGGCCUUAGGAAUAAUAAAGAUUUCAAUUCUAGGAAUGAGUUGGAUUUGACAAUUAAUAAAGAAACCGAAAUUCUAGACGUCAUGAAAGACGAAUUGGUUGAAUAUUAG